AUGAGCACGACAAAUGAAGAGCAGGAUUUUAUGGUACAGAUACCAGCGGCUACUGUAGAGUUCAGUAGGGAGGCGAAGCUUUCUUUCUUCCAACGCUACCAGCCAAUCCGCCUCGCAUUUCAUCUCACUCCACUCCUGAGGCCGCCUUUUGCAUAUCCUGCCCCACCCGUCCGAUGGUGGACCCCAUGGCAGACGGCGUGCCUGUCCGAUGUCGUCAGUAUCCCACUGACUGGCUGCGAAAGGAUCUACAAACCCUUGAAACUUCCGGCUCGAAUAAGCGAAAAGAGCUGUCAGCUCAUCAUUCUCGGCUCGGAUAAGCGAAAAGAGCUGGCAGCCCAUCAUUUGUCCUUCAAUUGGCGGCGACCGGCGUUUCUCUCACUCCCCUCGCGAACUUUUCUUCUCCUCCGUCACUGCCUCGAAACGAAGCGCGACCUCACUCACAAUGUCGAUCUUCACGCCCGACUUGGAUGCCUCAAUAUCUUGGCCAACGACAGCGACAACUACGAAAGCUCGAGCUUCGGUGUAGGCACCUGUUCCUGUCCUUACAAUGUACACUGGACUUGCGGCUCGCAGACUCACGACUUCAGGGCCUCCGUGUGCGCUGAUAGGCCACAUCACAGCUUCGCUGAUGUUUGGCUCUACAGAGAGUUGCUGAAUAUGACACGCGAGACCUUUACGAACGGCAACCACAUUCCCACGCGCAAAGCAGUCCUCAUUCAAGCUCAAUUUUCCUAUCAAUACCCUAAAGUCAACCAUUCUCUAUGCAUCCCAACCACCUCCAUCGCUGUGAGCUUGCAUCCGGCUCCCGCUGUGGGAAGACCAGGCGCCAAUGAGCAAGAUCCAGCAGCGCAUAGUCACUCCCCCAGUCGCCGAUCCGUCGCUCCUAGUCGCUCUGCUUCUGGUUGCUCUUCGCGAAGCCGAGGCGCUGUAUAUUCGAUCGAGGAGACUGUGGAAGAAGUUGAAGUGGCCGUGCUUCCGGAGAAGUUGGAACAGACGCUGGCACUCAGAAUAUGGAUAGAGCCUCUUGACACUUGGGUGCGCGUGACGGAUCUGAAGCCAACGAUAACGCAGAGGCUGGGGACAUCCAGCAGGACGGAAACAACAGUGCAGAGGACGAUCAACGCACUUCGUCCUGCGCAUCACUCUGCCAGACACGCAGGUGCCGCACAAGGCCGUGAGUACUCGCCAGUGGAUCGAGAAGACUUCAGAUGCACUCCCGAACCCGCUGCUCAGCAUGCGCUGUUUAACCUGGCACGUGGAAUCGAACGCCUUGACCAGAUCCACGGCUCCUACGACCACGAAUCCGAGGGCGCCGCCACUGCCAUUAUCCAAAGCUAUGGUUACCCGGAGGUGGCUUUCCACGCAGAUCAGGCGAUAUUGGCCGGAGCCAAGAAGCUUCAAGAGGUGGCCGAGUCAAGAAGUAGUCAGCAGAAUCAAGACGUGGCCAGCAGAGUCAAGGAAUGGCCAGCAGAGUCAAGGAGUGGCGAGGAAAGUCAAGAAGUGGUCAAGGCAAGAAGUAAUCAGCAGAGUCAAGAAGUGGCCAGAAUCAAGACAAUUCGAGAGAGCACCGCCGCCAUUAUAUGCAAGGACAUGGUCGUAGAGACUGCAGGAGACACGGAGGCAGUUCCUUACGCAGAUAAGGCGACAGUGGUCAUAGUCAAGAACGCGGCUACCAUCCCAACACAUCCAGAUCUGAGCAACUCUCACGCAUAUGUCCGAGCCUAUCAAUAUGGCGACGAAGACACUGUUCGAAUUCGACGAAAUGACGAGGACGGGCAGCCGCAACGCGCCCGUCAAGGUACUGUUCAAAUUCCCCGCAAUGACGAGCACGAAGACCUACGAGCCGGUCAAAUUCCACGCAGCGACGACAACUCGGACGGCAAAGUCAACCAGAGUGUCUACGCCUCCGAGAAAUGCCGCAAUCUGCUCGUAGCUAGAACAGCUACUGCUGAGGAUUUUCGAAGGAGCUAG